AGGUGGAGGAUGCUGGCAGGAUGCUCCGGUGCUCAGCCCUCGCUGCCUGUGCGGCCAGGGAGAGGGGCUUCGCUUCGCUUUCUUUCUUCCUUGUGUGCAGUCUAAGUACCUUCUUAAUUUCAUCUCAUUAUUUCCUGCCUAAAUAAUUCCCGUUUCUCCUGGGGACUGUGUUUAAACCUUUGAUCUUCUCUGAAGUCUCACAGUCCUGAUCACAUCCUUUCUAUUUAAAUGAAUCAAAUGCCUUUUUGACUCGUGAUUUAUAAAUUUGCCCGCAGAGGAAUAGAGGCAGCCCCGAUACGGCACACCUCGAAAUCACCCACCGUGUCUCGUGCCAGAGCCAGAGCGCCCUGGGCUGAUCCAGAGCACCUCCGGCCGGACCUCCGUGCGGAAUGACCUGUCCGUCUCCUCUGCCCGCUCCCUGCCGCAUCUCAUCCCUCCCUGCUUCCCUCCGCCCUCCCGCCCGGCUCUGCCUGCUGGCGAGCAGCCGUCGCCUGGGCUCGGGCCCAGCCGGAGAAUGGCCAUCCCCAGGUCAGGAGAGGGUGAAUGUGCCGGCGGUUGAUGGAUGCCGUCUCCUGGGAGGGGGGCACAGCUGCCGUGCUGCACAGCCCCGGCUCCCCCUCGUCUCCUGGGGGUAUCGCUGAUGCUAGAGCGCAGCUGGAGGGAUGGAGAAGAGCGGCCGCCUAGGUACCGGUGUCCCAGACGCUGGGAUGUGCCUCCGCGCCGAGGCCGGCGGUGGAAGGGCUGGAGGACGGUGGGUGUUGCCAGAGGCAGAUGCGGCAAGGAUGAACGUGUUGCUCCACCGCGCAGCAAUGGAGAAGCCGGGGAGCGCGUUGUCCCCGAGCCCGGGGGAUCGUGGCAGGGAGGGCUGAGCCAGAGCCGUGGGUAUGGAAGUACCCAGGAGAUGCCCCUGCACCGCGGGCUGUGGUGCCAGACCUCUCCUGCCUCUUUGCUGUGGUUGCUGGCCCCGCAAGUGUUGUAACGAGGCACAGGGACAGACCUCCUCUCCAAGCCCGUUAGGGAAGCAGCUAAUUAAGCUCUGCAGUGUCCCUGAGAGGUCGGUAGGAGAUGUGCCAGCAUCGCAGCCAUCUCCCAGAGCUUGCACCGGCGCGGGAGCUCUGCGCUGUGCCCCAGGACGGGGAGGGCUGCCUUGCAUCUCCUCGUUCGAACGUGCACUUUUUCCUGGUGCUCGUGGGGUGACACGGUGCCCAGUGCCCCAGGACAGACGCCCUGACGUCCCCCACCUCAGCUGGGCUCAGGACGGAGGACUCCUGGCUGGGAUGCCCCAACGCUCCCACCGGCCCUCGGGAUGGCUCCAGCGAGGCCAGGCGGUGGGGAGAGAGCCUGUACAAAUAUUAUUGUUAUUAUUACCCAUAACUAUAUGUGGGCACUUAACGACCUUGGCAUGGAGCAUUUCCUGGGGAUUCAUGACCAGUUGGCGUUAAUGGUCCUUAGCUGCACCUCGGGCCAUCAGCUCCUCCCAGCCCAUCGUUAAUCCACAGGAAACGUCUCAGGCAUCGAUCCUCAUUGCUUAAUUAAUAAAUGCAACUUGCCUCCCCGCCUGAGAUUUAGAGAUACUCACUGCUUCUUUCCCCGCUGCUUUGAAGGUGACUUUUUUAGCACAGAUCCCUCAUGCCAGGAGGCCCUUGUGGGUUUUUGUUUCCUGGCAUUCAUCUGGGUGUGGGCUAUGGCAGCAGGAAAGAGUUUGCUCUCCUGGGCAGGAGGGAAGGAACGGAACCGCUGCUGGGCUUGGGGUUUCUCCAGCUAAUGUGGCACAGCACGAGGAGCACAUCUUUCCCACGGAACGCAAAGCCUUGAUUACCUUCAGCCAAGUGCAUCCAAGAGCCCGGGCAAGAAGAAGCGUGAGCCGGCAUGGAAGAACAUGCCUUUACCACCGGUUGGCUUUGUGCAGUGGGUGCCGCAGUAUAAAUCACAUUAAUUCCUGAGGUGCUUUUCCGCGAUAGACAGCUCCAAAAGGAUGCUCGGGCGCCGGUGAGGGGAGAUUCGCCUGCCGGAGGAUGGGGUGCACGGGGGCAGGCUGCCUGGCAGCGCUGGCCGUGCUGUGCAGGGUUCUCGGCGAUGCUCCCAGCAGAGCAAGAAACGGAUGGGGAUGCUGUGUCGUCACCGGCAGGACAAGCUCACGGGCGCGGACGAGCCCCUGCUGCAGCCACGCCGCAGGGCAGCACAGGGGCAGUGGGAGGAGAAGGGGGAUACGUGGAGGGAUGAAAGGCAUCAAAUGCGGGGGGGUGCUUUCAGCACCCUAUGGCAAUUUCUCCAGCCCCAACUUCCCGGGGCGGUACCCCUACGAGACGGAGUGCACGUGGCUGAUCGUGGUGGCCGAGGGCUCCUCCGUCCUGCUCUCCUUCAGCCACUUCGAGCUGGAAUACCACGCCGCCUGCGCCUAUGACUACCUCCAGGUCUACAACGGGGCUGCCCGGGACCAGGGCAACCUCCUGGGCACCUUCUGCGGCCGCAGCCCCCCGCCACCCUUCUCCUCCGCCUGGCACGUCAUGGCCGUCGUCUUCCGCUCCGACCGCCACGUGGCCAAGCGCGGCUUCGCCGCCGCCUACCGGAAAGACGCCUGCGGCGGGCAGCUGACGGGGCUGUCGGGGGAGAUCACCAGCCCGCGCUACCCCGAGAGCUACCCCAACAACGCCGAGUGCCGCUGGAGCAUCGGGGGGGGCAGCGGUGGCGGCCCCCUCACCCUGGUGUUCACCGACUUCCAGGUGGAAGGGGGCCAGGGCUGUGGCUUCGACUACGUGGCCCUUUUCGAUGGCCCCACCACCGCCGCCCCCCGCCUGGGACGUUACUGCGGCAGCACCCGCCCGCCCCGCAUCGUCUCCUCCGCCCCGCACCUCCUCGUCCUCUUCAAGUCCGACUUCAACAUCGGCGGCAGGGGCUUCAAGGCCCAUUUCUACUCGGGCGAGUGCCAGGAGGUCUUCACCGCCGUCAAAGGGAAUCUCUCCAGCCCUCGGUACCCCAACUUCUACCCAAACAACCUCAAGUGCCAGUGGAGCAUCCAGCUGCCCCCGGGCUACCGGAUCAAGGUCUUCUUUUUGGACAUGGAGCUGGAGGGCCGGAGCAGCCUUACGGGCGGCUGUGACUACGACCACUUGGCCGCCUUCGACGGCGGCACCGAGAACGGGUCCCUGCUGGGGCGGUGGUGCGGACGGGAGAGCCUGGCGCCCGUCACCUCCCGCAGCAACCAGUUGCUGCUGGUCCUCCACACCGACCGCAACACGGCCAAGAGGGGCUUCUCCGUCGCCUACGUGGGAGUUGUGCCCAUGAACGUCAGCUGCACCCGGACGGAUUUCCACAUCCAGAUCCCCGUGCAGUCCCUGGCCCAGCUGGAGAGGAAUAGGAUUUAUCUGGGGACCCCCUCCUGUGCGGCCCAGGUGGUUGGCAGGAACUUCAGAAUACACACCAGGUUCGACACCUGCGGCACCGAAUCCCAGAAACGCAACAACACAUCCGUCAUCGUCAGCACCCUCUACAUCGAUUUUUCAGCGGGCGACCAGGAGGACAUCCACCAGUACGAGGUGCAGUGCGAGCCAAAGAGGAAAGAAGCCUCGGUGACCCUCAUCGCCGGCCCCGACCCCUCCAGGCUCAGCCAGGCAGAAAACCUGGUGGAUGCCCAACAGCGGGAGGGGGGAGCGACGGACGCCCGCGAAAUCAAGAGCCAGGACACCAGCGACAUCGUCUUCAUCAGCAUCUGCAUCCUGGCUGGGCUCCUCAUGGUCAUCGCAGUGGUGGGGCUCGUGCUUCUGUAGGAUGCUGCUCCCUGAAUCUGUGAUGCCGGCUCUGCUCGGGGUGGAAACACACCCCCAAAACCCACCCUCACCCCAGGUUGAGCACUAACAUAGCUGCUCAAAUGGAGACACAGCUCCCAGGCCCCGAAACAGAGCCUGAACGCAACCUCCACCUCCUCCCGGCGCCUGAAAAAUCUGGGCAAUAGGCAGCCGUUUCAACUUCCCAAUUUGUUUUCCUCUGUCUCAAUCUGUCCAUUUGGCUCGGGAAUGGAAUUCUUGCGCUUCCUAACUCUUCCCGCACCUGCUUCAAUUUGUUUUCCCUCUGGUGCUGCUGCUUUCGGGAAAGUAACGUUGUUUGCUGAUGGCUGCAAAUCAUCCUGUCAAUUCUUUCUAGCUGAAUUCUUGAAGGUACAAACCAUCCCCAAAUAGAGUGAUAUACCAAACAAAUAUUUUCCACGCUCCCGCCCGUGCUUGGGGGGGGUACUGUAGAGCUGUGUUAUAGGUAUCACCGCUUAGCAAGUAUAAAUUUAGCACAUGUAGAUGCUUCUAGGAGGUGUUUCUGGAUGUCCGCAGGUGAUGUGAUCAGACACAUUUGCCGGGUGCCCUGGAGCUCCUCGUUUGAUCUUCACGUGUCGUCUAACCCACCCGUUGCUCGCAGGACUCACCUGAGUGCUUCAGCCACCAGCAGCUGGAGGGAAAGAGAACGAUCUCUCUUCUCCGUGUUUUCCUCCUUUCCAGCGUGCCUAGGUGUCCACCACUGUGAGCUCCCUACCGGCAUCGCUCCCAGAGUCUGAAACCGUGGGCACGGAGGUUUCGGUAGCCUUUUAAAGAUGGCCUCAGCAGGAGGGGCUGGCUCCCCGGGGCCUGACAUCUUUUUUGUUGCUUCCCUCAGUGACACCAGACAUCCACCCUUGGUCCUUGCAGAAGGUGAGCUCAGCAGCCGAGAGCAUGAAAACGGGAGUCCUGUGGUCACCUGCAUUUCCAGAAAACUUGGGUUCCUCCCCAAGAGCCCCAAUGCUACUGACUGCUGGAUGGCCAAAUAACCCCCGCCUGCCUCUUGUGCCGUACCAACGCAAAGGAAAUUCCCUUCCAGCAUCACACAGGGGGUGGCUAUCGCAGAGCGGCCCGUGUUUGUCCCGGCAUGGGUCGGAUCCAGCGUAUGGUGAAGCCAACAUGAAAUGUCGCUGCAGAAGCAGGGUGAAUGCAGCCCUGGGAGCCUGGCGUAGGGGCCACCCACCCCAGCCUGUGUAAAACACGCUGUGGUGCAGGGAGAGACCUUAAAAUGUCCAAAUGUGAUCAUUCAAGGGCAAAAAUUUGAAGUUGAGGGCAGUGGUUAAUCCAGGAGCCCUUUUUUUGGUAGCGCUACCUCCCAAGGGGAAUCCAUCCUAAGGAGGGCACCGGCUAUUCCCGUGACAGCGUCGCACCGCACAGCAAACUCCUCUCGCUGCUGAAUCCACCGGCGGGAUUUUUAGCAGGGGCCGACAGGACGGUCCCGUAGGUGAAAAGUUUUCCUGACUGAUGUCCUGCUUCCCAUGCCCGCUGGGACAGGUCUGUACCUGCUGCUGAGCAUCAGAGGAAGCAGUAAAGGAAAAGGAUGAUGAUCAAGCGGCUUUUCCUCCUGGUUUGCACCAGCCCGUGGAUGCCUAAGAGGGUGUCAGGGGAGGGAAGAAGGCACAAAUCUGCGCAUGCCUCCUAACGAGGAGCCUUCGUUAUCGGAGCCUGGAUUGAUUUGGUGUUUGUUGGUGCAACACGUUGGCAAAUGCGAGAUUUCCGAGUGAAAUAUUUGCCAGCACUGUUAAGCUCCAUUAAGGCAACGUUUUGAGAGUGUGUUGUGUACAUAGACGGGAAACAAGGCCAGACCCCCCCUGCUGCCUGCAAAACCUUGCUGCCAGUUAAUUGCUGGGUAUAUAACUGUCAGCUUGAGACGAUAGCUACAAGAUUUGACAACUGAAGAAACUUAAAGAUAUAAUUAACCUUCCUGGCAGCCCAGAUUUUGCUGAAACAGGUGAACGCUGCAGCCGCUCGUGCCUGGCAGGGAGCCCGCAGCACCCAGCAGCAUCCAGCCCCUCGCCCGCAGGACGGGGCCCUCCUCCCCCCGCCAGAGCCUCCGACACCCUGCGAUUUGCAGGGAAAAAAGGCUUUUCUGGGUAGCUGUUGGUGUUGCGCUCAAAUAAGGAGUUGGACCUGGUCGCAGAGUCCAGCAGCAAAGCGGACCGCUGUUGCGCUCGCCCCAGGGAGGGUUUCCAGCCCCGGCUUCGGUUCGAAACUGCCCGAGCAUCCCUGGGUGCAGCGCUCGCCCGCGUGCAUCCCUGCGGAUGCAGGGCUGGCAGCGUGGGAGCAGCUCCGCUCCCCCGUGCCAAGGGGGUCCCCAGCACCCCCAGCCUCCCCAGGGCGUUUUCCAGGGGCUCACAGUCAGGAUUAACGUGACUUGAAGGCUUAGAAAAGCCCUUUGCCGGCUUGUUCCCGGACUUGUUCACAGCUGCAUCUGUGGCUGCUGCCCGCAGUGAGCCACUCCAGCUGGU